ACCUUGCAUAAUUGCUACACAUUAGUGACACGCAUCUAUACGAGUCGAACAGACUCCUGUUCCAAGUACAAAGAACAUCAACGAUCAGUAUACCAGCGAAUCAGGUGAACGAUUGAAGUUACCGACGACAUGUGGCACCUAUGUACAUAUGUAACUACGUAACUCUCACACAACCGUGACUCAAACACGACCACGUGAUCGUGACACCUCACCGAAACAACGAAUCGGCCGCCAGCAAAAAUCACUUGUAAAAGUGGGACAAUGCCAAUGCCGUGAAAUUGUAACGAGUCAGAGAACAAUAUCAGAUUGAAGUUUUCCAAGUACAGAUAAUAUUUUAAGAAACAAAAUAAAAAUGCAAAUAAAUAUUAUACGUAUUAUAUUUAUUUUUUCUUCGUUAUUUGUGGGAAUUAUUGGAUUAUUACUCAAUUAUAUGGAAUCUUAUCUACCCUGUGUAAUAACUCGUACUUAUCGUUACGGUAAAUUUUCUGUUGAUAAAUAUCAACCACUAGUUGCAAAAGUAGAGGUACCUAAAAGAUGGUUUAAACAUUUUUAUAUCUUUGCUGCUCCAGCUUCGAGCUAUGUACUAUACUUGGUAAUUUGCAAAUAUUUAUGGAAUGAUAAUAUUUCUAAAAAUGUUAUAUGGAUAUUGGAUAUAUGUUUGGGAUCAUUCAGACAAGCACUAGUAUCACCUGAAAGCACAUUUAUAGCAACUGUACUUUUAACUUUACACUGUUGGAAACGAUUCUAUGAAACACAUUUUGUAAAUAUCUUCAGUGACAAGAUGAUGAAUAUUAGUCAUUACAUCAUUGGACAUUAUCACUAUGUAGGAACUUUGAUCUGUAUUAUAGGUGAAUCCAAAGGAUUUGUUGAAGGUUCAGAAGGAAAUUUCUCUUGGAAGAAAAUUACAUAUCUGCAAUUAAUAUGCGCUAUUAUUUUUGUACUAUCAUCAUGCGUACAGUUCAGGACAAAUUUGAUCCUUAAUAAGUUACGGCGAAACAAAGAUGGAAAGAUUAAUUCCACAACAUAUAAAAUACCACAUGGAGGACUGUUUAAGUAUAUAUCAGGCGCAUUACAACUUACAGAAAUAAUUAUUUAUAUAACACUUUCUAUCAUUUUAUGGCAAAGUUCUACUUAUCAUUAUGUUACAACGUGGGUCUUAAUUAAUCAGACGUCUACUGCUGUACUGACACAUAGAUGGUACAUAGAAACAUUUAAAAAUUAUCCAACAUCUCGAAAAAUUCUCCUUCCUUAUAUUUUUUAAAUGUUACAAAAUUUCUUGCAUGAUACAAUGAUGCAGAAAUUUCAGAUAUGUUUAUGGAACAAUAUUAUAAUUGAAUAAUUAAAUAAAACCAGUAAUCCGCAUCAUUUUUAUAACGUACAUGCUUUUGUAACAUUUUAAACAAAUUAUGUUAAAGAAUAUAUGAUUUUAAAUAUUAAUUUA